AUGGCUACUUCUGCUACUACUACGUUAAUGACCUUUCUCGUGCGAACUCCCCCAUCUACCCGGUCCGUAAGCCUAUUCGGCUCAUGGGACAACUUCGCGAAGGGAUAUCGCAUGGAAAAGGACUCGCGGACUGGCAAAGGACACUGGAGAGGAUGCCAUACCUUCACCAACAUCAUUUGUGAUGGUCAUGGUAAUCCAAUCUAUCCAGGCCGGGACGGUGGCCUGAAGAUGGGAGGAACUUACUGGUACUACUAUAUCUUGGAUGGCGACUUUGAAUUCUACAAUGAGUCCGAAGCCUGGACUACCUCAUGCCCUCUGCUUCCUGGACAACCACUCAAUGUGCUCAAUGUCCCUAUAUACCUGCCUCCGGCUAUUACCUCCCAUGGCCGCAACGCUAGCACAAGCUCUGAGCUGUCUGUCCACCAGACUAUGAAUCCCGACGAUAAGUAUACCAACCCACGGCCGCCACCACGUCCUCAGCUGCCACGUCUGGUUACUUCUCCGGCCGCCCUUGCACUGCACGAAGCCCGUGGUUCCCCCAUAUCACCCACUGCGGUGCACAGUACGCACGGUAGGAGCUUCUCGCAGCCCCGGGUAACCAGGAGCAAGUUUAAAGUCGGUGGAAAGUUAUCUCUGGACCUGAAAUUGCCGAUGAGCAGUCUCGCUCCCAAAUCAUCUGGACUCCGUACUGCGUUUUUGAACCGUGUUUCGCCUCGUUCAGCCAGCUAUGAGAACUCGGAGAAGUGUGCGAAGGUGCCGGAUAUAGGCUUGACGCAGAGCACACCCAUUCUCAGUCCUGGCUGUCACGGACAGCCAAAGAGCAAUCAUCUACGGUCAGAGUAUCCCGGCUCAUCUACAUCCUCAGCUCUAGCCUCCCCAUGUGGCUCGCCAGCCGACCUUGUCAUCGAUAACAGGUUGCUCGCUUCCGCUGGUCACCAGAAUAAUGGCAACUACUAUCUUAAUACUAAUAACAGCAGCCUGGACCCAUCAUCCCAACCCGGCCACAGUCACAGCCGCUCAAGAUCCAGAAGCCCAGCCCAAACACCCCUAAGGAACUCUGUAAACUACGAUGUCAAUGAGGACAUUCGCACUUCUGCCCACAACUCCACAGUAGAGGUGCCAUGCAAGCUCGAUGUCCACGAGCUGGAAGCUACCUCUCCCAUUGAUCUCUAUUCCAAGCGUCUCCCCACGCUUCCCAACAGCCCUUCUUCUGUGAUGGAUGAAACAAUCUCUUCCAUGUGGUCAUCCUCUUACCAACCAUUAGACCUUGACCACCUACACAGCCACUUCUCCAAGUCCACUGUCGACUCAUCCAUUCAAUCCCCGCCGCUUCCGGGUGGCAGCCGGUUCUCUGACUGCAGCACCGACACAGAAGUAGUGUCACCAUGUUCUAUGACGUCCUCUUCCACACUCAAUAACGAGGGCACCUCUCCGGCAAACUACCGCUUUUCAGCCAGUACUUCACUGGACAGCAGCUUGUGUGAUAUCGAUAGAGCAGCGAAGACAGAGCCAGCUUCCCACAGCUACCUAGAUAGCUUUGGGAUUUCUGACCUCCAUGUCGACCAAGGUGGCAUCAAGGAUGCGGAGCCUUCCUUCUCCUGGAUGACGUCGGAUCCCUUCAGUGACGAGAAAUUCAGCCUCGGAGUUACAGGUGAAUCGUCGGUGGCUCUCGAUACCAAAACUCAAGGCUUCAGUUCCAGUGAAGACCAGAUAAAUACCAUGAUGCAGGAAUUGAUUGAUGACUUGGGCUAUCUCGGGGGUAUGAUUGAUACUUACCCAGACCAGAUUUGA